CUCUUCAAGGUGCUGGUGAUCGGGGAGCUGGGCGUGGGUAAAACCAGCAUUAUCAAGCGAUACGUGCACCAGCUCUUCUCCCAGCACUACCGGGCCACCAUCGGGGUGGAUUUCGCGCUCAAAGUCAUCAACUGGGACAGCAAGACGCUGGUGCGGCUGCAGCUCUGGGAUAUAGCAGGCCAGGAGCGCUUUGGAAAUAUGACCAGAGUAUACUACAAAGAGGCAGUUGGUGCUUUUGUGGUCUUUGAUGUCACAAGAGGCUCCACUUUUGAGGCUGUUUCAAAAUGGAAGCAUGAUUUGGACAGUAAAGUAUUACUUCCCAAUGGCAGCCCCAUCCCUGCUGUUCUUCUUGCAAACAAGUGUGACCAGAAGAAAGACGGCAGCCAUAAUCCCUCUCAAAUGGACCAGUUCUGCAGAGAAGGUGGUUUUGUUGGAUGGUUUGAAACAUCUGCCAAGGACAACAUCAACAUAGAUGAAGCUGCUCGAUUCUUGGUGGAAAACAUCCUUGCCAACUACAAAACCUUUCCUAAUGAAGAGAAUGAUGUGGGGAAACCAAAACUGGACCUAGACCCAUUGAAAGCAGAGAGUAAAUCACAGUGCUGCUAAAGCUACCACUGUUCAGUAAAUGUGAUGGGAUAAGCAGCGAGACUGUUCCUUAAAUCAAACUGCUGCUAUGGUGCUGCAUUGUGACAAUCCAUAUGGGGUGUCUGGUAUUAUCUGAAUAGGUGAUUCUUGUGGGUGUUUACAUAUUCUUGUUUAGCAUGAAACUGAGUAUCUUGCGUUAUCACUCCACUUUCUUGAGUGGCUACACCUAAAUCUGAUUAGUAUCUUCUUACUUGAGAACAUAAGGUAGUGUUUACACUUUUAGAAAGGAUCAAAGACAACAUUCAGUGUCUAGUUUGCUUCUAGGACAUAUGCUACAUUCCAAAUAGGACUCAUUCAUCAUGGUUUUAGCUGAACAGACACUUGCACCUUU